UGAUUGCGACUGCCGUCGAGUCAAGAGCCGAGAAGUCAACCUUUAAUGCUCGCAAUGGGAACUCGGACCGAUAUUGCGGCCUCGAUGGCCGUCUUCACCUAAAAGCGAACGGGUUCGAGUGCGAGAGGCGAAUGUGAACGCGGCGUGGGUGUCGUCUCGUGCUGCCCCGGACUGACAGCGAGCACUGCGACGGGGAGAAGGAGGUCCGAGGGGAAGAGCGAGCGAGCGAGCGAGCUACGCGCGCGGGCGAUGCAUUCGAUUUGAAUGUGGGAAGUACGGUAGAGUAGAGCAGAGCAGAGCUGCGGCAGCGAUGGAGGACGAGGGGGGACUGAGUUUUGACUUCGAGGGGGGCCUCGAUGCCGCCGCGGCCAUCGCAGCCCCCUCUGCACCGCAGCAGGGGGGCAACGCCGCGCAGUCCAAUUCGUCCGCGCAGAUGAAUUCUUCCGCCCCGAUGGGCAUGAACUCGGGCUCAGCUAAGGUGACGCCGGGGCGGAAGAAUUAUCGGCAGACGGUUUGUAGACAUUGGCUGCGUGGCCUGUGCAUGAAAGGAGACGCCUGCGGAUUCCUUCAUCAGUAUGACAAGGCACGUAUGCCGGUCUGCCGCUUUUUCGCUAAGUUUGGCGAGUGUCGUGAGCCCGACUGUAUUUACAAACACACUAAUGAAGACAUCAAGGAGUGCAACAUGUACAAGUUAGGGUUUUGCCCCAAUGGUCCUGACUGCCGAUAUCGACACCAAAAAAUGCCAGGACCUCCUCCAUCCGUAGAACAAAAUUUACAAAAAAUUCAACACCGUGUUUAUGCAAUUAACGGGGGCGUGCACCAUGGGAAGUAUCCACCAGCUCGACAAGGCCAAAACGAAGGCCAAGGACAAGGGCAAAGUCAAGGUCAAGGAGAUGGGCCUGCGUGGAGACCACCGUCUGGAGCUGCUCCUGUGCGCCCGAUUGGACCAGCGGUGCUCCCUGAAGACUCACAUAAUGUCCAGCAUUCCCGAGUGCAGCGUCCUGCCCCUCAACAGCAACCACCAGCCCUGCCACCACCAUCUCCUCCUAUUCUACCACACCCAAUGGUGAAUGGGACACUUAAUCCACCCCCUUUCACAUCUGCAGCAGUUCCUCUUCCUCACGGUUAUUGCAGGUUUUUUAUAGUCAAGAGCAGCAAUAGAGAAAACUUAGAGCUCUCUGUCGAAAGGGGAUUGUGGGCAACCCAUCGAAAUAACGAGUCUAAACUGAAUGAGGCGUAUGAUAGUUGUGAUCACGUGAUUCUCAUAUUCUCAGUGAAUGAGACUCGCCACUUUCAGGGUUGUGCACGCAUGAUGUCGAAAAUUGGCGGUGUAGCUGGAGGAGGCGGUUGGAAAUAUGCGCACGGAACUGCUCAUUAUGGUCGCAAUUUCCGGUUAAAAUGGUUGAAGCUUUGUGAACUUUCCUUCAACAAGACGCGGCAUUUGAGGAAUCCUUUCAAUGAGAAUCUCCCCGUCAAGAUAAGUCGAGAUUGUCAAGAAUUGGAACCUGGUGUCGGCGAGCAGCUUGCGCAGCUACUAUACAUCGAGCCGGAUAGUGACCUCAUGGAGGCCGCGAAACAAGGAGAGGCCAAACGGGAAGAGGAGAAAGUGAGGGGUGGUCCUGCGGCCGGGCAAGAUGUGGAUGACACUGACAUCAUACCGUUCGAAGAUAAUGAGGAUGAUCAAGAGGACGAUGAUAGUGAUGACGAUGAUGGCUCAAGCCAAACAGUCGCUGCAAAUCCUGGUCGUGGCAGGGGGCCAAUGGGUCCUGGACAAAUGUGGAACCCAUACGGCAUGGGCAGGGGCGGCAGAGGUGGAAUGGGAGGUGGUCCUGGUGGAAGAGGCAUGGGUUUCCAUCCUGACAUGGGCGAAGGGUUUGGGAUGGGCAACUUCGAGAGGUUUGGAAUGGGUCCAGGUCCUGGGGACGGCUUCGGUAUGGGUCCUGGGGACAUGUUUGGAGGUCAUCCUGGUGGACCUGGAAGGGGUUUUCCGCCCUUCCCUCACCCUGGAGCUGGAUUUGGAGGUCCGGAAUUUCCCAACAUGGGUCCUGGCUCGGGUAUGAAUUUUGGUCCUAUGGAUGGUCCAGGGCCUGGAAUGGUGUUCCAUGGUAGACCGCCUCCUGGACCAAGUGGAAUGUUUCCACCAAAUGGGCCUGCCAUGAUGGGUCCUCCAGGAGCUCAUGCCCCGGGAAUGAUGAUGGGUGGAGGUGCAAGGCCACCACAUUUUAUGGGUGGACCCCCAGUUGGUCCGAUGGGCGGUGGGCGUCCUCCUCGGCCUUUAGGAGCAGGAUUUCGCCCUCCAUUUGCUGGUGGAAGUGGCAGAGGAGGAAGGGGUUCGGGCGACCAGCAGAAGAGACGAAGGGCUGAUCGGAAUUCUGGUAAUGAUCGGUCAACUCCCGGUGAAGAAGGUAAAGCAUCAGCUAAACUAAGAACAGGUUCUUCUGCCGAAGAAGGUGCUCAAGCUGAUAGUGAGACUGAUUUCCCCGGAGCCGGCCAAAGACACCAAGGUGAAGACGGUUCUGGAUAUGGGAGUGCAGCUUAUACCGGGGACAACGAAGAGGAUGAGAGCGAGAGCGAAGAUGAAGCACCCCGGAGAUCAAGACACGGAGAAGGAAAGAAGAGAAGGCGAGAUUGGGAUGGAGAUGGCAACGGUGGUGGCAGCGAGCGAUGGGAACAAGACGGAGAACAGGAGGGUCCGUGGGAGCCGCCUGCUCCUGUGUAGCCUUGUCGCUCGUGACCUUACAAACUUGUAGGUUAUGUAAAGUGUGUUGUAGUUCGAGCUCCAGCCAGCUUAGUUUUGCGCCUCCUUCUAUUUCUUGUUUCUCCUGAAGUACAUCACUUUGGAUGGGAGAAACUGUUGAACAGGACUACCUGCUUGGAGUUAGUAAUCCCCAGACAGGUUAGGAACUGAGAUUGUUGAUGAUGAUUUCAUUUUUGCCGCCAAAUUCGUACAUGUGAUUGAGCGAUAAUGCCUCAUUCAGUAGAUUUGAGUCAAUUGCUCUUCAAUUAGCUUAAACUUAUCUUAGAUGGAGUUACCAAUACUUUUACCUCAUGUACACACAGCCAGUGCUCGCACUGGAGCUCUCCCUCAAAUGGGGGCGGUUGACAACAUCAAUGUGAAGUAGCGUAUGUGAAACUGAUAAUAGCAGUUUUCAACAUCAAGCAUGGAAGAAGGUAAUUUACUGUCAGGCAAUCCAGUCCUUUCGAAGUGGAACACACUAGCUGGGUACAGCAAGGGAAAGGACUUGUACUUUCAAUGUGUACAGUCUAAAUUGACUUCAUUACUUAGCCGUCAGGAUACUUGUAUGUAGAUGUAACGUAUGCAAAUAGGAGAGGUCAAGUCUGGGUCUCGGUCCUGGACAACAAAAUUUUGUUCUUCUAGAAAACGUGUUGAAGAAGAGGGAUGUAUAUUAAGGUCAAAUAGAAAUCACGGAAUUUGUUACAUGUCCGGAGCAGCUUGGACAUAGAGAAGGUUUUAGGUACAUGAAUCUAGUUAGUGAAGAUGUUUUUUGCGCAUGGUCUCGGACCUUGUUGAUACAAAUCCUUCUAUACGACGGUAGUUAGAGAUAAAAUUCGCUGAAGUUGUAAAUGUUAGAAAUGCUUGGUUAUAGAAAUGUUCGCAGUAUCUUGCACAACAGCAGGAUGCCAUGAUAUAUACUGCCACUGUAGACUUCACUGUCCCAGGGAUAGGGAGAGAAAUGACUAGGUUUGAUACCAUUAUGUGCUGGAGUUGUAUUUUUGCAAGACAAUGAAUGCAAGACCACGACGGCGAUGAAGAGUACAGGACUUUUAUAAGG